AAAAGAAAAAGAAAACGUGGUGACUUGGUUAUUACAAGUCGAUCUACUAUUCAAGGCAUGAAAAUCCUUUGUAAUAAAGAUAAGAGACCGUUUGAUAUAUGGGAAGAUUUUGCUAAAGAAUUAAGGCUAGCAUUUCAAUCUUCACAACAUCAGCAAUAUUUGAGAUGUCAAGUAAAAAGUAUAGAAGAAGAAGACAAGAUACUCAACUUCGUAGAAGGUCUAAAACUAGCAACCAAAGCCGAA